CAUCGCUCUAUCAGCACCAGCACCAUGUCGGACAAGGAGACGCUCAUUUCCAUGGGGUUUGAUGCGGAGCGCAUCGACUGGGCCCUUCGCGCAACCAAGAAUGCAGGACUCCAGCCGGCCAUGGACCACAUCCUCGCUCACAACGAUGAACCUGUGCCAACCGCUGAGGAGCUGGCCGAAGAGCUCGGCGAGGAGGCCAAUAUCCCCGACGUGGGCGAGGCGAAGAGCAUCAAGUGCUCCGAGUGUGGCAAGACUUUCCGUUCGCAGGCGACGGCCAGCUUCCACGCCGAGAAGAGCGGACACACCGAUUUCGAGGAGAGCACCGAGGAGAUCAAACCCCUCACGGCUGAGGAGAAGGCGGCCAAGCUCAUCGAGCUCAAGGAGAAGCUCGCCGCCAAGCGCGCUGCCCAAUCCAAGGAGGACGAGAAGGCUGCGCGUGCCAACGAGGCCCUUCGUCGCAAGGCUGGCCAGGACAGCGGCCGGAUCAAGGAGGAGAUGCAGGCCAAGGAACUCGAGCGUGAGGCUGCUCGCAAGCGCCAGGAGAAGAUUGCCGACCAGAAGGCGCGUGCCGCCGUGAAAGCGCAGAUUGAGGCCGACAAGCGUGAGCGCGCCGCCAAGGCGGCUGCGGAGAAGGCGGCACGCGACGGUAAGCCACCACCUGAGGCCGUUGCGGCCCCGCCGAAGCCUGCAGCUAUGGCGGCAGGCAAGAGCAGUGAAGCACCUGAGACGCGCCUCCAGAUUCGCCUGCACGUCGGCGGCGCUCCUCUUGUCAAGACGUUCCCCAGCACAAGCACCCUCGUUGACGUUGCCGAGUUCGUCAGCUCGGAGAAUCUUGCAUACUCCGUCGACACUGUCCGGUUCGCGACCACAUUCCCGCGUAAGACCUUCGCUCCAGAAGACAUGCGUAAAUCGCUCAAGGACAACGGGCUGACCCCGAGCGCGGUGCUCAUGGCGAGUUUGUAGCAUGUGGGGCGGAGCGAGCAUGAAGUAUCAAACAUCUUUGCAUCAUAGUACACUUCU